AUGCAUGCAAUUAACUGCCAUAUAUUUGGGCUUUCUUUGCAGGUUGCUAUUAAAUAUGUGACAAAAUACAGAUGUGAACCUUAUUUAAAACUGCCUGGUGACAAACAAGCCUUGCCUCUGGAGGUGGCACUGAUGCGCCUGGUCAGUCAGCCUCCAAACUGCCCCUACAUCCUGCAGCUGGUGGACUGGUUCGAGGAGCCUGAGCAAUUCAUUCUGGUCCUGGAGAGGCCGUUCCCCUGCAUGGACCUUUUCGACUUCACGGAGGUGUACGGGGGCAGACUGGAUGAGUGCCUGGCACGCGUCGUCAUGCUGCAGGUGAUGCACGCGGUUUUGCACUGUUGCGAGCGAGGCAUCCUGCACCGUGACAUAAAGCUGGAGAACCUGCUGGUGCAGACGGACAGCCUGCGUGUCAAGCUAAUCGACUUUGGCUGCGGCGACCUGCUGCGGGACACCAUGUACCGAGACUUUGCUGGCACUGAUGAGUAUUGCCCCCCUGAGUGGCUUCUGGAGGGCAGGUACAGUGGCAGACCUGCCACCAUCUGGUCCCUUGGCAUCCUGCUCUUCAACAUGGUCUGUGGAGACUUGCCCUUCAACAAACGAUCAGCGAUCAUUGCUGGUCAGCUAAAAUUCAAAAAAGGACUUUCUGAAGAAUGUAAGCAUCUAAUUGGGUGGUGCCUACACCCAGACCCAGCGAGGAGACCAGUCCUACAGCAGGUUCUUCUCCAUGAGUGGAUGACUGGAUGGCAAACACCUUUACAAUAGGUCCAGCCAGGAAUGCCUGGAAUCGACAAGAACAGGAUGAAGUUUGUCCCUGCAAACAGGCUUUCAGUAUAUCCCCUCGACUCCAUUAUAUUAUACAGGACUGAAUGAAUACUACAAUAAAGUUGAAAGAAAAAAAAUCAGUGAAAGAGUUCAGGUGCGAUUGUGUCUAGUCUAGACAAGUCUAUGAUUCCUUUGUACCCCAUAACAUGUUUGUAUUUAAGCAACCCAACAACCUGUCUUGUGGUUUUUUAAGGAAUCGCAUUUGAGAAAACUCUGGCCGAGUUACCACUGCUAU